AUGGCCGCCCCCGCUACCGCCCCCGCUGCAUCCAAAUUGCAAGCCUUAUGGAACCAUCCCGCAGGUAUGGUGCACGUGCUCCCAAAGUGUGCUGAGCGCGAGCGAGCUGCCAAGCUGACGUGGUGAUGUCCCGUCUGUGGUGUCUCUCUCCCCAACGCGUGCUCUCCUCGUCGACCGCGCUGCCCUCGGCUUCUCGUGAUCGUCGUCGUUGCCUACGUCUGGCUUGUGGUAUAUUAGGUCCCAAGUAAGUAAUAAAGCCUGAUAUCCCCGCGUCUGACCCGCACUGACUUGGCUGCAUCCCCCACCCGCUCGUCGCUCCAGGACCGUCUUCUUCUGGGCGCCCAUGUUCAAGUGGUUCGUGACCACAGAGAUCCCUCCAAGGCCCCACGCUGUGGACCGGAAGCUGACCAUUGCGUUUCGAUUGCUUUUGAAAAUAGGGGCUUGGUCGCUGCCGGCUUGAAGGACUUGUCGAGGCCAGCGGAGAAGAUCUCGAUCCCUCAAAACCUGGGUCCGUAACCGUAAUCACGAAUCAGUCCUCGGAGCGAACGAAAGCAACUUACCUCUUCGGAAUACUCUCUUUAGCUCUGACUGCAACGGGUUUGAUCUGGGUGCGUUACUCGUUCGUCAUCACGCCCGUCAAUUACUCUUUGGCGGCCGUCAACGCUUUCGUCGGAGCGACGGGGAUCGCUAGUUUGUCUCGAGCGCUUGCGUCAGUCCUACCUCACGAAACAAAGAUUUCAGAAGGUUGGAACCUGAUUCGAAUCUUCUGUUUUGGGUGGCUCAGAUGGAAGUACAUGACACCGGAGGAACAGAUGAAGGUGCGCGCCGAGCGGGCAGCUCAAGAGGCCAAGAAUGCGGCGCUCAAGCUCAAGGACCAGGCUGUCGACAAGAUCAAGGCUUGA